UCAUGAGGCAACAUUGUCUAAGCUAGAGGAGGCUCUCCAGCGUGGCAAAUUUUCUCACAAGAAUUGCGCGACUAGUGUGUGGGUUUUUUAUUUUCUCACCGAUCGAUAGUCUGAUUUUUUGUUAACGAAUCGUAUACCGCGAAGAUUCUUAUGUAAUCAACGUAAAGAUUUGCGUAUUAAUAUCAGUGAAAAGUCGUGGGAUUGUGUUUUUUUUUGACGCGCCCGUAUACUGCUUAUUACUGAGAGAGAGUCUCAACUCGGGUUUCCGUCCUGACAUGGACACAGGAAUUGUACCCGAAAAGAAAAGGGUGAGUUCAGAGCGUCGGAAGGAGAAGUCAAGGGAUGCAGCAAGAUGCCGUCGUGGGAAAGAGUCAGAGGUGUUCUUCGAUCUGGCCAAGCUGCUGCCCCUCCCCCACAGUGUCAGCUCAAGCCUGGACAAGGCCUCCAUCAUGAGGGUGACCAUCAGUUACCUGCGCAUGAGGAAACUACUCUGCAUAAAUGAGCCAAUGGCAGAGGAGGAAACAGAGCUUGAUAUUCAGCUAAACAGCUCUUACCUAAAGGCUUUGGACGGCUUUCUCAUGGUGCUGUCUGAAGAUGGAGAUAUGAUCUAUCUCUCUGAGAAUGUCAACAAGUGCCUCGGGCUGGCACAGUUUGACCUGACUGGACACAGUGUUUUUGACUUCACACAUCCCUGCGAUCAGGAGGAGCUAAGGGAGAUGCUUAUCCACAGAACGGGUUCCAAGAAAGUCAAGGAAUCAAACACAGAGCGUAGCUUUUUUCUCCGAAUGAAAUGCACCCUCACAAGCAGAGGCCGCACUGUCAAUGUCAAAUCAGCUACUUGGAAGGUGCUUCACUGCUCAGGUCAUGUGCGUGUUUAUGACAUUCAAGUCGAGCAGGCCACUGAUGGACACAAGGAACCACCUGUCCCCUACCUUGUUUUGAUCUGUGACCCCAUCCCCCACCCUUCCAACAUUGAAGUCCCUCUGGAUACCAAGACCUUCCUCAGCCGCCACACAAUGGACAUGAAGUUCACAUAUUGUGAUGAGAGAAUCACCGAGCUCAUGGGUUAUGACCCGGAGGACCUGUUGAACCGUUCUGUGUAUGAGUACUAUCAUGCUCUGGACUCAGACCAUCUUAACAAGACUCACCACAAUUUGUUCGCAAAGGGCCAGGUCAGCACAGGCCAGUACCGGAUGCUGGCAAAGAGAGGCGGCUUUGUAUGGGUGGAAACACAGGCCACCGUUAUCUACAACAACAAGAACUCCCAGCCACAGUGUGUUGUCUGUGUAAACUUUGUCCUCAGUGGCAUCCAGGAAGAGAAACUAAUACUGUCUCUGGAACAGACUGAGGAUGUGAAGCCAGUGAAGGAGGAACAACAAGAGGAAGAAAAGGCUACAGUUGAGAGCAGCACACCCACCCUGCCGAAGGAGGAUAAGGGUCCAGAGCUGGAUGUGAUCAAGCUCUUUACACAGGUGGAAGAGCCCCAAAAACCACCUAGCCUGUAUGACCAGCUAAAGGAACAGCCUGAGGCCCUCACCCUCCUAGCCCCAGCAGCUGGAGACACAAUCAUCUCCCUGGACUUCAGCACUCCUGAAUCAGAGAUCCACCUGCUGAAGGAUGUUCAUCUCUACAAUGAUGUAAUGCUUCCUUCCUCAAGUGACAAGUUGGCUCUGCCCCUGUCCCCUCUGCCACCCAGCGAACCUCUCCAUGUCUCUAGCACCACCUCUGAGGAGGGAAAACCCAAGAACUUUGCUCCAGCCCCAGCUAUUACCCCAACCACACAAAGUCCUGCUGAGACUGAAAGCCCUAUGGACUUUUGUUUUCCCAUGGAUUCAGAUAUGAACUCAGAUUUCAAAAUAGACUUAGUGGAGAAGCUGUUUGCUAUUGACACAGAGUGUAAAACCCCCUUCAAUACACAGGCAAUGGAAGAUUUUGAUCUGGAGAUGUUGGCCCCCUACAUCCCCAUGGAUGAUGAUUUCCAGCUUCGAUGUCUCACCCCAGAUGAGUCACUGUCUUGUGGACCAGACAAACCUCUUGAGAGUUCUCCAGCCCCCCUCACAGAGGAUGCUCAAAGCUAUUCCAGCUCCCCAUUCAGUGCACCAGACAGUCGUGCAGCUUCCCCACCACCACCUGAGCUCAUCAGUGCUCCACCUCCGACCAUUGUCAUUACACAAAUAGUCCCGCAGUUGGAUAAAAAUGUCUCCCUCAAGACCCUGGUAGCUCAGAACACACAGCGCAAAAGAAAACUGAGUGACCUCAAGGAUAUUGUUGUACAGGGAAUUGCAUCCCAAGAGCAACUAGAAAAAGGCAAAAAACUGAAGCCAGAGUCAGAGUCUGGAACAACUAGGACCAUAGUUCUCGUGACUUCAGAUAUGGCAAGUCGACUGCUUGGCACCACUUUAGAGGGCACCAGCUCCCCUUUCACCCUGCCGCAGCUCACUCGCUACGACUGCGAGGUGAACGCCCCCCUACAGGGUCGUCAGUACCUGCUGCAGGGGGAGGAGCUACUGCGUGCUCUGGACCACGUCAACUGAGUCAGUGCUUCACUGCUAGACUAGACUGGACACUACAAUUAGUCCCUCACGUUGUUACUUCCUCUCCAAGAAUCUCCAACCCACCUAAUGCCUACCCUACUUCCCCUUAUUUAUGUUAUCUCUGAGUUUUGACUAUAGUUUGGCUGCGGUUUGUGCACGUCAUGUGAUUUUUGCAGCAUUCCACCGUGACAAACAACAUAGCAGCAUCUUGGUUUUGGUGCAAGGGAUUCCAGCACCAUAAGAUGUCCAGUUUUUGUUUUUCUCUCCCCCACUCUCUCUCUCUGUCUUCGGGGGAGUUUCUCAGCACACAGCGCCUUGACAGAUGACCCUUUUCCAGCAGGUCACUGCAGAACUGGGCGCUACUGCCAGCAGUGUAUUGUAAGCUUCAGUCGCACAAUUUAUAUUUUCUUAAAAACAAAAAUAUUACCAGCAAUAUAUAUUAAGCCUUUUUAAAGUAGUUUUAAUGGAAUACGAACAAUUUUAUUUUCCUCCCAUACUUGUAUGUUGUAGUACUUGUAACUAACAGAAGUCCUUAGUCCAAAAAUAUGAACAUAUUGUUUAAACCAAAAGUGGUUUGAAUGUUAUCUCCAUUUAAGUGCUGUCUUUGAUCUAUUUACAUUUAAUUGUGUAGCAGUCCAGUACAUGUCACUUUAUUACUUUAGUGUAAGUGUUUGUCAUUGUACAUAUACCAGGGAAAUUUUGAUUUACUCAGUAUGACUUCACAGCUCAAUGCAAGUAACUUCUUUACUUUCAAUUCUCAUCUAGGAUUGGCAUUUUUCUUUUACAUGAAGUAAAUUCAUGUUUUUGAUCAUAACUGUGUGCAGCAUACUCAAAGUAGUCAGUUUAAAGAUGUAGAAUCACAUUGCUCUCAUGUAAUCAUCAUAAAAUGUGACUUGUCAGACUUUCUUGCUCAUUUAAUGGUAGUCAGUUUAAUACCGUUGCCCCUUGCCAUAGUGUUGCCUCUCAUGCUUCUUUUGCUGUUUAACAAUAAAUGGCUUUAAUAAAGUG